AGUCAAAUCAGUUGACGUAGCAUUCAUAUUAGUAAAAAGGUAGAUGACAUAACAAAAAAUUAUGUGGUAUAGACUAAAUUUUUUUAGCAAAUCAUAUUUCAAAUUUAUAAGAAACAAAGGAAAAAUAUCAAAAAAUUUAUCAAAAACCAAUAAAUAUUAAUUAAACAAAACAAUCUGCGUAGUAGUAAAAAUAAUAAAUUAACAAAUUUGAACUGUCGUAAAACCUCUAGUGAAAUAAAUAAGAAAACCAAAGAAAACCAAACCUCUUCAAUAAAUAAUGGAAGAGUGUACCAAUCGUUGUCAAAAAAAAAGAUAAAUAUGAAUGAAUUUACCUCAUAAACCAAAGAAAACCAAUCGUUGUCAUAAAAAAAAAAGACCAAUCAACCAGACCGCCAAGGAAAGGAGUAUAUAAGUGUCGACCAAUCUCUGUCUCGAUCUGGUUGGGGUUUCAAUAGGGGUUUAAGCAAUUGUCUCCUCUCCUCUCUGAGGAGCUUCUUCAUUUGAAAAUCUUCAUACGAAGAACGACUUUGUCGAACGCUUCUUCGGACUCAAAAGGCACUUGUAAGGAAGAUAUUGGUUCUGUCAGUAUGGAUGCUAACAAGCUAGACACUUUCUCUAAAGAUGCAAUCAGCUGUCUGCCUCAAGAGGUUCUAGGCCACAUCUUGUCCUCAGUUCCGACCAAACUUGCUGCUUCAACUUCUGUUCUAUCCAAAAAAUGGAGGAACGUGUUUGCUCUGGUUCACAAUCUCGAUUUCGAUGAUUCUGAUCUGCUGCAACCUGAAGAAUGGGAAGUGAAGCGGGAGAUGUUCAAGAGUUUUGUGGAUAGAACACUCGCUUUGCAAAGCGCUUCUCCUAUCAAGAAGUUUUCUCUAAAACACCACAUUCUCGAGGAAAGCGAGAUGGCUUCUCAUGUGGGCGGCUGGAUACGUAAUGCCGUAGAGCGUGGUGUUAUGGAGAUGAGCCUAAUUUUGAAGUCUAACUGUCAACUCUCUCUGCCUUGUGCGCUCUUCACCAGCAAGACGCUGGUUAAGCUGACACUGGGAUCACAACUGACUCUUGGGGAUAUUCCUCCAGGUGUUUCUCUUCCAGCGCUGAAGACCCUCUUCAUCGACUCCGUCUUUUUCACUUUUGAAGAUCUGUGUAAUGUGUUUCUUCCUGGUUGUCCAGUACUCGAGGAGAUGUCUGUACAUCAUGAGGACUACGAAGGAGUCCCGUUCUGCAUAUCGAGUCAGAGCAUUAAGAAACUAUCAGUUCACUACAACUUUGAGUCUGAGAUUGAUAGUAUGCCCGGUAUGUCAUUUGAAGCUCCGAAUCUCGUCUCCCUUGACUACUCAGAUUAUGCAUUGGAAGAGUACCCACAAGUUGACUUGGAGUCCCUAGUUGAAGCUAGGUUGGAUAUUAAGUAUUCUAAAAUAAUCAACAGGCCUGAUUUAACUGGUCUCAUUGAUGGGAUAAGCAAUGUGGAGACCCUGCAUCUUACUCCUGCUUCUGCUGAUGUGAUUUCUCGAUGUGUUAAACAUGGACUAGUUCUACCUGUGUUCAAGAAUCUGGUUAGCUUAUCUUUUGGGAGUGGCAUUAAACGAGACUGGAAAGUGCUUCCAUACCUGAUCAAGCGGUCUCCAAAGCUUGAAACUCUAAUCAUCCAGGGUCUGGAUGGUUACGUUGGUGAUGGUACCAAGCAUCUACUCCAUGUGAAGGUGUUGCAUGUUCUCGGUUAUGGAGGAACUGCUAAUGAGCUGGAACACUUGAAGAGUUUUCUCGCGGGAGUUAAUGAAUGUCUCGAACUAGUUCAAGUGGAGUUUGCAGAAGGCGUUACAGUUGAUGAUGGCACGAUGUUGCAAACCCAUAGGGAUCUGAUGACGCAGCUUGUUGGAGUCAAGUGCAAGGCCCAAGUGACAUUUUUCAAGUAGCCUAUGAUCAAAUCUCUAUAAUAUUAUUUGAGAAGUCAGUUUCCUAUGUGUCGCGCUCACGUUAACUCUCACGGUGGUUGAUUACAUUGAUACUCUUAAUGAAUCAAAAAUAUAAUAU